CAUCCCAACUCGACUUGUUUCCCAGUUGGAUGGACUACAUGGAGAGAGGCUGCGGCAGCCUGGAGAACUUGGAGACUUUGCGUUGUUGGAUAGAUAGUGCAGCCACCGCCAUUAUGGCGUUCGCAUCGCCCACUAACCUACGGUAGGGUAGUCACUGGGCACUGCUAAUGAAAGUCUCGAUCAAUCCAUUCCACCUUGGCGUUUCUUAUUACUCGCGCCACCUUAUCCAACGGCCAAAUCAAUGAGUCAUGUUCUUUACAGGAUUCGAAGUCGCACCGCAAUCAUUAUGAGCCAUCAUGACUGCAAAGAUAUCUCGGUUUGGCUUCUCGUGGCCAACGAAAAUGGUCGACGAAGAAUGCACUGUAUAAUAUAAAAUGGGUGCGUGUAUCGCGUCAACCAAAAUGCGUUUGGUGGCUAUGCAUUCUUUAAUAUCCUGCAUCCAAGAACUUCAAACCAAUCACAAUGGCGUGCCACGAAACCACGAGAUUGACGUGCGAGAGGCUUUACCCAAGCGCAAAGCUAAGCUCCGAGCGAAUUGUGCCACUGUCAUUAUUGGACGCCACCACCGCGGACUACCUUGCGACUUGCGCGGCCUGGCUCUUUGAACCUCCAGCACGUGAACGCCAAUCCGACCUGGUGGACCGUCUUCGUCAGUCCCUUAUCAUCGCCCUGGACGCUUAUCCCCACUGUUGCGGGCAGCUGAAAGCAGUGACCACAGUCAGCGAUUGUACAGUACCUCACACUCAACGAUUUGGUCGCGUGUCUGUACAGUAUGGCACUUCUGAUGACCCAGGCGUCGAAUUUGUCACUGCACAAUCUUCCGUGACAUUGGAUGAACUCCAUCCUCUCUCUCGGACAGCUGCACAACCUUUGUGGGACUGCAGUGAUACACAUCUGAGCGAAUUUGUGCCCUCAACACAACUCGCUAAUCCACUCCGCAAAUCUGGGGCCCGAGAAGACGGCGCCUCUCCACCCGUGCUGGCGAUUCAGCUUACUCAACUCAUUUGCGGAGGGUUCGUCCUAGCAGUGAAAUUCGCACAUCCACUCGCGGAUGCACAAACUUUGGUACACUUUGUCAAGGACUGGGCAAGCAUCAAUCGGGCGAUACUGCGCAAGAGUCCUCUUCCUGUCUUGACCCCAGUCUUUCGACCGGACCAGAUAGAUGCUCUGGCUGCAGGCGACAUCAAUGCAGACACGCAGGAUGAGACAAUUAUCCGGCAGACUGAGGACCUACCAAUUCAUCGCUAUGACUGGUGGAAUCCAGAACCUGGAUCUAUCCGGCCAUCUGACGUCCCUGAAGCAUUCCAGCACGAUGUGAUCGUCCCGGCAGGCAAAUGCAUACCCUGGUCCGAAUGGGACCAUGAAGCUCGCGUAUCCUACUACGUCCUACACCUGACCCAGUGCCAAGUAGACAUCAUCUACGAACAAGCGGGAGGGUACACCAAUGGUCGAAUCAGUCGACACGAUGCCGUCUUGGCUCACAUCUGGGCGUGUAUCAACCGCGCGCGGCAGAUGCACGACGACAACGGCCCAGUGUAUUGCAAUCUUACCUGUGGAUUGCGGCCGGUGUUCCAUCUCAGUGAUGCCUUUCUGGGGUCACCCAUACUGAUGGUGAAUGUGAGCAUGACGGGGAAAGAGGUGACCACGACAACUACCACUGCCAGUAGACACGAGACCCUCUCUUUACCCCACAUCACGCAGCGCAUCCGCGAGACCAUCACACUUAUCAACAACCCAGCUAGCCUGGGAGCUUAUUUACACCGGCUAGCGUUCGAAAAGUCCCCGCAGCGCAUCUGGACAGGGUUCCUGGGUCGACGCCAUACGAUGGUGACGACGUGGGCACGUGCCGGUCUGUAUGAGGUUGAUUUCGGGCUGGGAUACGGCGCAGAAGGCAAGGUUCGCUACGCCGAAGGUGUUCUCUCAAACCUGGAUGGGCUUGUCUUGAUCAAGGAGGCGCCACCCGCUCGGAUCCCAGAGAUGGGAGAUCCCCCGACGCUGACUCUUUGGACAGCGCAUGGUGUGGACAUUUCAUUGCAUCUUCGGACAGAUGACAUGGAGCGGUUGCUUCGAGAUCCAUUACUGUUUCCCGGGCGACUUGAAGAGUGACUGGAUACUUGAGGCAGUGCAAUGUGACUACAUAAUCGCACACUUCAUUGGGCUGGUAACCCCACUACUGUGGCUAAAGAGGCUAAUUGAACCUCGUACCUAGAGUAUCAACUAUGAUUGCUACCCGGCAUUAAUACUGAUUGGGAGCUAGCCUUGAUAAGUGCAUUAGACUUGCCGACGUUUUAUUUUUACAAUAUAUCGAUUGACCAAGCAAGAAGUACUGUACUGUACAUGACUUGAAUCACUUGCCGUCCUCGUAUAUGUCCAAGUCUUCGCAUUCAAGUCAACCUGAAGACUCACCUGCGAGCGAGUCAGACAUAAGCACUAUCCAACACAUAUCCACCUUCCUUGUUCCCGCCCCCACAGUCCUACAAUUAGCCACUGUCAUACAGAACAGUUAUAUUUAGUGCACAUUAAUCAACCGUCAAUCAGCCAAG